GAUUGAAUUCGAUCUAAUCGAAUGAGAAUCCAAAUUCACGCCUGACGGUGAGUGCAACGGCAAUUCAGUAAACAUUUGACUGUAUAGCCGCCGGUUGUCAGGCUCUUCCGACCGGUCAAGACGCCUUUACCCAUUGAGUUACGCGCUGACAAUACGCCAUCGGCCUGAUACAUGGUUCUGUCAGUUUUCGCCCACGUAGUCUUCACGUGUCUAAAAUGUCUGCAAAAUUCAGCGUUAAGAGGCUUUGAACAUAAUGUUAACUUUGUAAUGAAAGAAUGUGAAAGAGCAUCUACGGCACAUAUUAAGGGAACAUGGAUAUAGAAACUGAGAAAGUUAUCGAUCUUGUCUUUCCCGACGGAUUGCCAGAAUCAUGGAAGGAAAAUCCAGACUUUUACCAGUAUUUGUCAAAGAUAGGAGGCUUUGAUGUGGAACAAUUGAAUAAAGAACCUGAGCAUUUGACUGAUGACAAAAAUUCUGUACUGCUGCAAACCCAGGAAUUAGCCUUUUCUAACUAUAAGACAUUCAUUCGAACUGCUGAAAGUUCAAGAGAAAUAUUCAGACAGUUCAACGAGACUGAAAAUCAUUUGGACAAUCUCAUCCAAAAGCUACCAAACUUUGCCAAAAGUUGCCAGUCUUUUUGUGAUGCCUCAAAAGAUAUCAAUACACAUCGUCGAUUGAAUGGUCUUACUUUAACUCGCAAUGCUCAACUUCUUGAGAUACUGGAAAUGCCUCAGUUAAUGGAGUCGUGUUUAAGAAGUAAUCAGUACAAUGAAGCCUUAGAUUUAUCACAAUAUGCCAGGCAGCUGGGCGCAAAACAUGGAGACAUUCCCAUUAUAGCUUCCAUUGUAGCAGAGAUAGAAAAUAGUUGGUCAGGAAUGGUGAGCCAAGUUGUUGGUUCUCUGAGAGGAGAUCUUCCGCUUCCAAGGUGUCUGCAGCUCGUUGGGCUGUUAAGAUCGAUGGAUGCAUUCACAGAACCUGAAUUACGAGUCAAAUUCCUCCAGGCUAGAGAUAGCUGGCUGCAAGGAUUAUUGAAUGGGAUUUCUAAAGAAGAUCCUAAUCAACAUUUAAUAAAGACAAUCGAAUUAUCAAGGAUACAUUUAUUCAACAUAAUCACUCAAUAUCGGGCAAUUUUCAAUGAUGAUGAUCACUUGACGUCAUCUCGAGACAUCAUCAUUAAUGAAUCUGCGAUAUUUCAUCAUUGGCUAGAAGAAAAAAUAUUCCAAUUUUUGAUUACUCUUGAGCAAGAUUUACCCGGGGUAACUUCUAUAGACUCAGUUCUUGGGCAAUGCACGUAUUUUGGGUUGUCAUUCAGUAGAGUAGGUGCAGAUUUCACAGCAAGAAUGUCUGACAUAUUCAUUAGUGCUAUCGGAAACAGAUACGAAACGGCUGUGCGUAGAACAACAAGAAAAUUUGAAAAAGACAUGGAAACAUUUACACUGAUCAAUAAAUUACAACGGGUCGAUGUUAAAGCAGAAACAUCAGGGCGCUCUGAAAAUCCUCCAGAACAAUUAGUCGAAUUCUUUCCCUUGGCUGAAUAUUGUAAUGGAUUAAUAUCAGCUUUCAAUGAAUUGAGAUUGUGUGCUCCAGUUGCUCUAGUUGACAGGUUUACACAUCUUUUGCAAGAUUCUCUGCAAAGUGUAGCAAAAGCAAUGCUUAUAUUUUACAAACAAGAACAGCAGGCAUUCACGGUUGCUGAACGAGACAACAUGAUCACAUUUGCAGAAUCAUUGAGUGACCACUUAAUUCCUUACGUACAGUAUUGUAUACAUGCAAUCUUUCCACCAAGUCAAUGUGCCUCUCACCUAGGCAUCACUGUAAACCAGUUGCAGAAAGAGAGUAUUACCUAUUUGGAUCACAAAAGUAUCACUCAACCACUAGCCCCGUUAUUGCCGGUCAGACUAAUUUCAAAAGAUUCGAUUUUACCUCAAGCGACUGCCACAGAGCCUCUUCUAGAUACUUCACAGAAAGAACUCAUUUCCAGCAUAGACCAUAAUGUACUGGAACCUGCUGAAAACGUGUCUAGAGAACCUAUAAACACAAUCACAAUGAAUGAGACGGAUAAAGAUCUCGCAUCGAAUGUUGAAGUACCAAAAAUACAAAGAGAUACAGGUUUAGAAUGUGAAGAAGCAGUGACGACUGAAAGUAAUCAUCCAAUCGAUUGAAAUUACAUCUGCAAGAUUGUAUAUAUAAAUGGACACGUUACAAGGGAAAAUGUACGUGUGAUAUCAUCAUCUGCUACUGCAACGAGGAAUGAUGUGCUUAGUCAGUAACGAUUCACAGCGUCUUAAAGUAUUGCAUUUUUCUGGAGGAAUACAAAUAAGGAACCUGGGAAUCAAAAGGUAACUUUCAAAGUACCGAAAAAAUGAUUGAAAUUAUUAUUAAAGUACGUAAAUACAAAUGAUAUAACUAUGUUAUUACGUAAUAUUUCAUGCAUCACUACAAUUACCAUUUCUACUUCUAAUCCAUAUUGAAAAAUGGUCAAGAUUCUCGACACUUGCAGUAUGUACGAUAUUUUGGUUAUAAAAAUUUGCAAGUGCUGGUAACUAGUAAUUUCGUAAUGUGACGCAAUUAAUACUUGGUAAUUAAAAUAUCUGAAUAUUUUUCAUUAUAAUAUUGUCCGAACAUGUAGCGUGAUAAUUACAUUUGAGUACGUAUAUUUCUUGAGUUUGGUAAUUGUACUUUGUUAUUUCAAUUUCUGCCACGCAGUAUCCUAUAGUAGCAAAGUAAGCACAGUAAUAAUAGGUAGUACUCCAAACUGUUCAGAGCAGAAUUAUUGAACCUAAUUUUCGUAUCACAAAGAUUUCUUAUUCAAGUAAUUUAACCAAGGAUGUAAUGCUGCACAUUAUUUAAAAAUUCUUUAUUAAUAAUAUUCGAUUAUAUUUAAUCGAGAAAACGAAAGAGAUGUAAAUGAAUUAUUAUAAGAAAGCACAUUCUUUAGAAUCAUUUAUAAAGUCUUCAAUGUGGUACUUUAAGAAGUAACCAAAUUAAUGAAGUAUAAGGUAAGUUUUUAUACUGCACUUAUUCACACGUCGUGGCAUGUUUUUCUACAUAUUUUAUUUCAUAUCACUUCAUUUUCGAGCGCCAAUGCUGUCUAAACAAUUGAAACAUAAACACACAUCUCGUUCCAAGUUUCCGUAAUCAAUCAAGUUUAUAUUGUCC